AUGCCGAGCCCGAAGACUGACCUGCCGCGAAGCCCGAGCUCUCCAGGUUCCGAGGAGCUCAGACCCCCCUCUGUGGCCCCGCCGGAAAGCCUGCGAGGGGAGCUCAUGAGGCAUCAGCUUCGGAUGGAAAAGCUCUUCCACGGCCUGGUGGAGAAGAUCCACAGCACCACCGCACAGGCGGUGCGAGAAGAGCUGGAACAACUCAGGUCAGGGCCUGUUGCGGACGCACGUGAGGCGAGCCUCGCACGUGAGGCGAGCCUCGCAGAGGCCUUCUGGUCGGAGGAGAAGGCUGAGAAUCCCAAGGCGGUGGAGAAGCCAUUCUCUCGACAGCUUUCCCGGCAGGUCUCCUCCCACCACUUCCCGCCGGCGCCCCCGGGCUCCACGCUGGAAGCCUGGACAGGUGGAGACCAGUUUGAUGCCGACGAGGAGGAGGAUCCUACCUAUGGACAGCGUGCCAAGUCCAGAUUCAAGCUGGAAAAGAACAAAGUGAAAGGCGUGAAAGACUGGUUGGAACAUCGCAAGAAGAGCCAGAUCUUCCUGGAAGAAGUUCCGGCAUGGCGACGAUGGGCCAAGCACCUUGUACGGAACUCCAAUUUCGAGUGGUUCUGCGCGGUGCUCAUUCUGCUUUGUGCUCUCUUGAUCGGAGCAGAAGCCCAUUGGAGCAUGAUGAACAUUGGAUCUCCCCAGCCCAUGUUUUUUCGCGUGUGCAACUCUUGCUUCAACGUGGCUUUCACGCUGGAGCUGGCUCUACGGAUUUUGGUGGAAAAGGCCUUCUUUUUCAGCUGCCGGAAUGCCUCCAUCCACUGGAACAUCCUGGACACCAUCCUGGUGUCCAUCGCUGUGGGAGAGGAGCUCAUCACCCUGUUCUUGAAUAGCAGUGUCCAGAUCUCAGGGCUGAAGAUCCUCCGCAUGGUUCGCCUGGCGCGGAUCCUGCGCAUCGUUCGUGUGGUACGCUUCUUCUCCGAGCUCCGCGUCAUGGUGAAUGGCGUGAUUGGCUCCGCGAAGUCACUUUGUUGGGCACUGCUCCUGCUGGUCUUGGUGAACUUCCUCUUCGGCGUUCUUUUUAUGCAGCUGUCAUUGGAUUUCCUGGACACUUUCCGAAUGUUUCCGGCGAUGCGAGCGGUUCUGAACAAUGAGAAAGCACACAGUUGA